AUGUCCCAACAACAAAAAAUCCUCAUCACCGGAGCCGGAGGCUUCGUAGGGCAGAUGCUUGCUGAGCACCUCCUCAACGACGGACACAAAGUCGUUUUGGCGGACAUCUUGGAACCUCCCGUUCCAGCCGCCGCCUCCAACAAGGAGAACGCAACAUGCAUCAAAGCAGACCUCGCCGAAUCGCCCGACUCCGUCCUCUCCAAGGAUCUCGACGCCCUGUACGUCUUCCACGGCAUCAUGUCCGCCGGCUCCGAGACGGAUCUCGAACUAGGCUACAAGGUGAAUCUCCACAGCACUCUCAACCUCCUCGAAGCAAUCCGCAAGACGAUCCCCGGUGUGAGGUUCAUAUACAGUUCCUCCACUGCGAUCUUCGGCCAACCCCUCCCCGACCAACCUUCCGAGCAGACUGUCCCCACGCCGCAGGGAAGUUAUGGCACACAGAAAGCAAUGGUCGAAUACAUCGUCAACGACUACAACCGUCGCGGCUACAUCAACGGCUUCACACUCCGUUUCCCUACCAUCUCCGUGAGACCCGGCAAGCCCACGCAAGCAGCGAGUUCCUGGAUGUCGGGCAUCAUCCGCGAGCCACUGCAAGGGCAGGAAUCCGUCCUCCCCUGUGACGACGACUUCAAGGCUUGGCUCUGUUCUCCCAAGACGUUGAUCAAGAAUUUGAAGCACGUUUUGACGCUGCCGAAUGAUUGCAUGCCGUCGCAUAUUCGACAGAUCUUGUUGCCGGGGAUUACGAGCACGGUCAAGGAUAUGCUGGACGCAUUGAGAGAGGUUGGAGGUGAGGAGGCUGUGAAGUUGGUCAAGAGGGAGAAGGCGAGUCCAGAGAUUAAGGCGAUGUUGGAUAGUUGGCCGACGACGUUUGAUGUGAGUAAGGCGAGGGGGUUGGGAUUUGUGAGUGAUGAGAAUUUCAAGAGUGCUGUGGAGGAUUUUGCGGCGACGUUGAAGUAG